CCUGUUACGUUCCCCCUGACCUGGAGCAGGACCGAGACCGGCCCCGGCCCCGCCUCCGCCUCGUCUCGUUCAGUUACCCAGGUUCCGAGCCGGGCCUGUCCAGGCGAGGUGGGGUUCGGCGCGGCCUGCACCAUGGCGGGCAGCUGCGCCGGGUCGGGCCGCUUAUGGAGACUCUGCAACCUGCUCAUGGCCGCCUUCUUCGGGCUGGCGGCCGCCGUGCAGAUAAAUGACCCUGAUGCAGGACUGUGGAUAGUGGUCUACAUUGUACCUGCUGUCCUUACACUGCUUGUUGGCCUUAAUCCGUCAAUUACAGAUAAUGUUGUCUGGAGGAGCCUGUCGGAUCUGCAUUCUGCUGCUUGUUUAGUUGGGACCAUUGCCUUGGGGUGCUCUUUGUUCACUUAUGCAAAAAGUAACAUCUUGCAUGAAGAGGAAGGAAGGGAGUUGUUUGGUCUGGUGAUUAUUACAGUAUGGAUGAAUCUUUGCCGCAAUUCAGCAAAAAAUCCUCUGGGUGGAAUUCGUCUGAUGGUUGCAAUUUCUCUCUCUCUCUUCCCCUUUGUAACAUGGCUUUACAUUUACAUGAACUCAGAGAUGCGAUCAUCCUGGCCAACUCACUGCAAAACUGUGAUUUAACCAGAAAGGAACAAACACACACAAAUAUUCUAACAGCUAUUUGCCUUCAGCUUUCGGUUCUCAGUUGAAAACUGGUAUUGGACCAACAGGAACUGCAGCUAUGGACCAAGAGCACUUUGCUGCCUCAAACAGCGCAGUUUGAAAUUUGAAAUCCACAGGUUGGUCCAUGGAAAGAAGAGAUGGCUGGAUAAUAAUGAUAACAAACUGUGUCCUUCAUGUAGUGAUGACACCACAGCUCCUGUAUCACUGUCUCCUCCAGUACCACAAUGAACAGGAGCAGGGGCAGAUCAGAUCCUGGUAAAUAUGUGCCCUUAGUGUGGGAUGAGCAAUUGUACAGCAGCAUCUGCUAGGAACUCUUAGAAAGGACAGAAGCAUUCAAAUGAGAUCCUUUCCUCCUCCCUCAGGGCCUUAAAGUAAGCAGCCAUAUUUUUAUGGGCAGUGAUAUCAGUGGCUGCUGGGAGAUCUGAAAAAGCUAGCAGGGAUAGCUGUUCUGUCUGUUUAGUCAAUGUGAAUAGUUCAGACUCCAUCAUACCUAGGCUGAAAGUGGACACAGAAUUCAGGUUUUUGGAUAACUGCAGCGUUGCUUCUCAGCUGAAUCACACAUUUAGAAAUCUUCUCCACAAAGUAUUAAAGGUGGCAAGUGUGGCUGUUGUGGUUUUUAUUACUGACUCAUGGGCCAACUAAAACGUGGGACUACGGGAAGGAUUGACAGGUACUGUGGGCCAGGGGCGAGGACACCAGCGUAAGAGUCAGAGGCCUGCAGUCUAUUCCCUACUCCGCCACUGACCUCCUGUGUAACCUUAUUUCCCUUCCUACCCUUUGUCUGCUUUGUCUGUUAUGGAGGGACCAAUUGCAGUUUCAUAGUUAAGAUUAAGUUUGGUUUUGUUCUACAAGCGGGGAUUACCCUCUGUAUGACAAAUACCGUAUGUCCUCUCCAAGCUUAAUCAUUUGCCUUUUGAAUAUUGAAUGAAUUUUCUAAGCAUUUAUGAGUAAUUAUGUUAGAGUUAAAAUUAAAUGGGUAUUUUUAGAAAUUUAGCAUCUUAUGUCAGACUUUUUUUUGGUCUAUAUUGAUGUUAUUAAUGGAAUAACACAAGACUGUGCAUGAGAUUUUAGGGAGGCUGACUACAUUUGGAGAAAUAUUUUAAGGGUAUUGGUCACUUUUUGCUGUUCUUCAUAAUUAAAAGUUCAGCAGCACUGAUAAAUGUUCGACAGCAAAUUCCAUGAAGUUCCACUGUCUUUUAAAAUGAUUGCGUUCUUAUAUUGUUUUCAGUGGGAGUGAGGCCAGAAGCUGCCCUCAGGAAAUAUGGCACUGCCACUGCUCCUCACAGCUUCCUCUCAAAAACCAGCAUACCAUCUUCCCUGAGCUCUGUUUUGAUUCAUUCUCACUGGGAACAAUGGGAGGCAGUUGCCAUUUUGAAAGAGGGCAUCCUAACUGAGGGCAGUGUUUGCCCUCUGUCCUAUUGAGAAUAAUGGGAGAUGCUGGCUAUUCUGAGAAAAGGGCAACUCUUUGUGAGUUUCUCUGAAGGAGACUUCAAGUAUCAGUCUCUACUGACAAACUUUCAGCCCUGAAAAAUAAUGGCAAACAAUGAUUCAUUAAUCCAAACUAUUUUGUUUGAGGGGCAGUCUCGUCUUUUCUCUGCAGCUCACUUCGCUUUUGCUGUGCAUUUAGUCCUCUUCUUUAAUCUUGGAGUUGUCUGCAAAUUUGAGCGUAGCUUAAUUUUCAGUAAAUAGGCCUCAACAAAGGAGGACACAAGUCAGUUGUGCAGGGGGGUAGAUGCCUUUAGUUGGUCAUGAAGCCUUAAAAGGGUCCUGGUUUUGGCUACGCUUAGCAGGAAAAGUCACUGGGUGAAGACUGACAUUUUUGUCCCAGCUCUGAUACAGCUCCCCCUGCUGGAUGCUCACUAGGCUGCUGUUUCUAUCCUAAGAGGGAACCAUUGUGCUCUUAAGAUUUCCUUAAUCUGGGAAGGAUUCAGCAAGGUUUGUAUGAGUCUUUGGCCCCUCGGGCAUGCUUAUUGAGCCCAGACUCUACCCAUUGCCCCUUUAGAUAAGUGGGGCUGGUGGUCUAGCUGACCCAGCCCCACAUCCUGGCUGGUUCUGACCCCACAAGACACACUGAUAACCUCAGCAAACCUUUUCCCUGAGCUCCAGCCUUGUGGGCAGUCUGGUUUACUGUGUCUUUUUCCAGGGCUGUGUGAUAAUUGAUGUGCAUAACACACAGGUUUUGCAAAAGUUUAACACAAUUACUCUUUAGCUACCCCAAGAAACAUACAGAUUUAGACAAAAACA